AUUGUAAUAGAGAGAGGUCAUUGCUCGCUUCUCACUGGUCUCCGACAGGCGACAACGAUCACACGGUUUUCCGAAUUCAGACAACAACAAAAAAAAAAACACAAUAAAACCAAAAAUAAAUAAAAUUUCACGUCAUCAAACAGUGUAGUGUUUGGUGCUCAUACUCUUAUAAAACGACGCAGUGUGUGUGGACCUAAAGUCUCUGGAGACAGAGAGAGAGAGAGAGAGAGAGAGAGAGAGAAUGGUGCUUCCCAUGGAAAUCGGGGUAGCGAUCGUAGUGUUUCUGAUGGCGGUGGCGAUGGAAUCGGACGGUCGAGAGCUGCGGCCGUCGGAUCACGGACUCCUAUACCAGGGCUCGCCGCCGGCAAGCGCGAAGUCGCCGACGGAAGUGAAGUCUUUCUUCGUCGGGGGAGGAGGAGGGGGAGAAAAUUCGCCGACGGCAUUGCCGAAGGCGAUGAACUCGAGCGACUCGUCGUGGUGGAAUGGCGUCGUCGCACGUGGCGGCGGCCACAGAGAUCACGUGAAGGAUGUGCUGUUGCUGGCCAGUUUGGUUUGUGGGAUUACAGGUGUCGCUCUGUUUGUGGCGUCUGCCUUUGUGUAUCUGUUAAGGAACCGAAAGCAUAAAUCAUUACCAUCAUCAGCGUCAUCAUGAGGACUAUCUCGUGGUAUCUACCAAAAGGCUAUUUUAUUAUUAUUAUUAGCACACGUAAAAGGAUGGAAAUUGUCGGCUGGUAUGGUUUUAAUCCAGCUCACAUUGUUGACUUGAGUUAGCGUCUGAAAUAUGAGAAAAUUCAAUAUGGACUUAAUAAUAACCUGCCAUGAAUUUGAUGAU